GUUAUAAUAAACCCAAUAGAACGCUACGUCACCAACGCUGCAGCUCGCGCGUCGCCAUAGCUACUGCGCCUGCGUACUGUUUUCUACCUACUACAUCCUAGUGUUUAGUAUGCGGUGUGUUGAGUGCAGCUAAUUCUGCGUGCUGCACUUGGCCUACUGUUCAGGCUCCUAUUCAGUACGGUAGUAUGCGGACAUGAAGGAAGGGAGGGGAAAAAACAGGGAGGGAGUUUUGCGCAUGCGCAGUGUGGCUCCAUCCCUCCGCAUCGCUCCCCCUUUUUUCUCUUUUCUGCAGCAUCAGUACCGAGGGCGCACAAGCACACUGUGAAAAAGGACAAAAAGGGGGAAACACUGCUAUUUUUUUAAGAAAAAACAAAAAACAAAAACACACAAUCCGUUCUUUAAGGAAGGAAAGAAAAGAGGAGAGAAAGAGAAAGGAGGAGAAAAACCGCUGGACGGCUGGAAGAAGAGCUGGAAAAGCCGCUUGGUGUUCAUUCUGUUCCUUAUUGUCAGUAAGCAGCGCACGACGGCGGGGCAGCGAUGAAGGACCGCACACAGGAACUGCGGAGUGCUAAGGACAGUGAUGAUGAUGAGGAAGUCGUUCACAUUGACCGAGGAAACUUUAUGGAUGAGUUCUUCGAGCAGGUGGAGGAGAUUCGUGGCUGCAUCGAGAAGCUGUCCGAGGACGUGGAGCAGGUGAAGAAACAGCAUAGCGCCAUACUGGCAGCUCCCAAUCCUGACGAAAAAACCAAGCAGGAGUUGGAGGAUCUCACAGCUGACAUCAAGAAAACAGCCAAUAAAGUACGCUUAAAAUUAAAAGCAAUUGAGCAGAGCAUUGAACAGGAGGAGGUGAUGAACAGAUCAUCAGCAGACCUGCGAAUCCGCAAGACACAGCAUUCCACCCUGUCACGUAAGUUUGUGGAGGUGAUGACCGAGUACAACACGACGCAGUCCAAAUACAGAGAUCGCUGCAAAGACCGCAUUCAGAGGCAGCUGGAGAUCACUGGAAGAACAACCACCAAUGAGGAGUUGGAGGACAUGCUGGAGAGCGGGAAACUCGCUGUCUUCACUGAUGAUAUUAAAAUGGACUCCCAGAUGACCAAGCAGGCCCUGAACGAGAUCGAAACUCGUCACACGGAGAUCAUCAAACUGGAGAACAGCAUCCGUGAGCUGCACGACAUGUUUGUGGACAUGGCCAUGCUGGUGGAGAGUCAGGGGGAAAUGAUUGACAGAAUUGAGUACAACGUGGAACAUUCGGUGGAUUAUGUAGAGCGAGCUGUUUCUGACACCAAGAAGGCUGUUAAAUACCAGAGUCAGGCGCGCAAGAAGAAGAUCAUGAUCAUCAUCUGCUGCGUAAUCUUGGGUGUGGUCUUGGCAUCCACUAUCGGAGGAACUCUGGGCUUCUAGAGUCAGCGAGCGCAGAAGAGCAAAUACACCAGACGUAUAUAUAUAUAUAUAUAUAUAUAUAUAUAUAUAUACAUACACACACACACAUAUAUAUAUAUAUAUAUAUAUAUAUAUAUAUAUAUAUAUAUAUAUAUCACAUCGCUAGGAGAUACAGAAGCUCCUGUCGGGUUAUAAAUCACAUAAAAACAAAAACACACCAAAAAAAAAAAAACAAAGUAUAACUAGUGGAGUAAAUCAUAUAUGAGAAGAGAAGGAAUCGAAUAAAUCAAUAAACCUUCUAUUUACACACUGUACAUGUAAAUGUAUUGAACAGGAGAAACAGCACAUGGUUUAAAGACCUGUACAAAUAUAAUGCUCUUCGUUUGCUUCUUCUUUUUAGUUUUUGUAGGUUUUUGUUUUGUUUCUUUUUAGUUUUUAAGCGUUUCAUUUUUUCAGGAUGUUUAUUCCAGGACAGCGCUGACGGCUGUGUUUCAUUAGAACGUUCAGAUCGUACACUUCAGAAAAUCCGACUGAAUUACGUCCUGGUUUCGUCAGGAGGGACUCUGUGCACACGGACACCAUCAUCCGCUCAUAAAACACCAAAACGUUUCCUUCAGCAAGCCAAAAAAGUCUUUCAGAACUGAGGAUAAAAGAGAUAAAGAUGUUAAACAGACGUAGAGGACGUGAGCACGUGGUCACGCCAGCACAAGUCUCUCAACACGAGACACAGGUUCAACUAUGCAGCUUUCUUACAGACACAAACCUGCUUUUACUAUUACGUUAAAGUGGAGCUGAAAUAUUAUUAUAAAGAAAUGAUAAAAAAAAGCAUAGAAAUAAAUUCUAAAUAAAAAAGUCUGUUGAUUCUCGGGAACGUUAACAGAUUAAUGUGAACAGAAGUGUGUUAAUAUUUCACUAACUUGCUGCUUUACUUUUAUUUGCAAAGUUUAACACACUGAAAUAAUGACAGAACUUUUGAUCAUUUUCUUCUGUUUAUUAACAGUUUAUAUUAUCAGACUUUAAAUGAUGUUAGAAACCCUAAUGACUGACGUUCGGCUGCAUCCCAAAUUCUUGUUCUGCACCUUACACAGGAAACGUAUAUUACUGAACCACGAGCAUCAGCGCAGCACCACUGCACUCUGUUUAGGACUUCAGAACAGGGAGGGCGUGUUUGUGGGCGGAGCUUACCAUCAGAUGAAUAAUGAACAUAUAUCUGUUGUUUUUGUGUGGAGUCGAAGCUUGAUGUGACCUGUGGUUAGUGUCUGAUUUCUCUUCCUCAUACCCAGUAUGAACUAUUAAAGCCUUGCCAAAGACGCGCUCUGGUUGGCUGACGCAUGUCCACAUCAGCUAAGUCAAAGUCCUGUGUGUUUUUGUAAUGGAUGAUGGAAUGAAAUGUCCAUCAACAUAAUGAUCUUUUUGAUAUUAACCAUAGUGGUGUGUUUUUUUUUUUUUAAGUAUGUGAAGCUCCACCCCCAGCAGCACACAUAAAUGAACAGACUCCGCCCCUUUUCAGGUACUGUCACUACAACAGGUGGCAGAAUUCAGCCACUGUGAAACCUUAAAAAAGUCAGGAACUUGAUGAGGGGAAAAAACUUUAGAUCAGCGGUGCUUUAAUCUGGACUUUGGGAUGCAGCGAUCAGGUGGAGAAACACAGCCGCUACGUUGAGUUCCAUCAGGUGAUUAAUCGCCCUACAAAAGCUUCAUGCUCCAAUCCACAUGGAGUGUAUUCGAGUCCCUCCGUUCGAAACACAACCCUCGCUCUGCUCUGCGCUACAGUGUGUAUGAUGAUAUAAGCGUGUGUGUGUUACUGUAAUAUGGUGUGUUAUAUCUCACUGCAGCAUGGUUUAGUCGUGUGUGUCGAGUGUCUGAUCACGUUCGGGGUUUAAUAUGCGCGUUGUCGUCGUCGCUGUUUAUUUUUACUCUUCGUUAAAAGGCAUGCAGCGUCUGAUUGGUCGGUUUUUGCAUGAUGACUUAGUGAUCGAGUGUGCACUUUACAGUCUGAGAACACACACCAUCACACGGCUCAGCUUUUUAUUUACAAGGCUGUGAUGGGGGUUUCUUUACUACACACACACACACACACAGGUUUUGUACGCAUGUUUGUUAUUAUUCUAAAGAAAGAAAAAGAGGGGACGUUGGAGCUAGGGCACUAGACACUAAGGGUACUACGAAGGUAAUCAUUUGUAAGGCCACAGGUGCUGGUGUUGAUCCCCGUAAACUGAGUUACUUCCACAUAGUGUCUUUAUUUCUCGUAUGGUGUGUGUGUGUGUGUGUGUAUGUGUGUGUGUGUGUUUGUGUGUGUGUGUGUAAUGAAACCCAACGUGUUAUGCUAACUUGAUAAUUUGCUAAGCUGCUUAUUUAUGAAUGAUCUCAGUCGUUUGCUCGUUCGCUGGUUUUUCUCCUUCACACUUUUUCACAGUCGAAUCUUUUCUCUUGGUCCACAAUGACGUUUAUUCUCACUUUCAAACAUAAGAAUGUGGGCGCUGACCUGGAUGAAAGGUUUUCAGUCUUUAGAAAUAUAUUUAUAUAUUUAUUUAUUCGUGUAUUUAUUUAAAAUCAUUUUUUUGUAAGUGACAUAAUUUAAGUCUGUAGUUUUAUUUCUUUUGAGGUUGUUGAGAAAAAAAAAACAAAAAACAGCAUAAAAAUCUUUGCUUUGUGAUUUUCAGCGACCUCAAACGUUUCACUCUGGUUUUGACUUCAGUUCUUCAUCGUAUUAUUUUUCUUUAGAUUUCUCUUUAUUUGUCAGUGUGUCGGUGGAUUUUUCCCCAUCAGCUCUGGGGACAGUGUUUCUGCGCUCCGGUGUUGAUGAAGGAGUGCAGAGGAUAUUUAUAUCAUCACUUAUAUCUCAUAAUCAGAAAAAAGAUGAAAUAAAGUCCAGUGAUGUUUUGCUAGGGGGGAGGGGAUGAUGACGUUGAUGAUGAUGAUGAUGAUGAUGAUGAUGAUCUGAAUAAUCGAUAAUGAUGAGCAUGACAAAUGUGAUGAAGUUGUGUAACAGUCACAUUGAAUAUUGAAGGAGAGGUCGAACUGAACUGGAUCUUUCUUUGUUUCUGUAAUUACUGUAAAUACUUUAAAGAGAGAUUAAAAAAGACCUGCAUGUCUAUGUAUAAAACAAUCUCAGCGGUUCCUGUCAAAGUUGACACUUAAAGGUUUUUUCCGCCCGAUUUUCCGUCUCUCCGACUGCCUGCAGAUUUUAUUUUGAAGUUGAAAUCGUUCUGGAUAAAACAAUUCGAAACGGACAGAAACAUCAGGCAGUUUGUUUAAAACGAACAGACUCUGAGUUCUCUGUUAGAGACUCUGAGAAAACGUGCUUCCUCCAUUUCUCUCCCACAGGUGGAAACAAGUGCACCGGGGGUCAAAGGUCAAGUUUUAUCUCUGAGGCUCCAGAUGUACACAUGCGGUUACUCCUUUAGUGAAUGAACAGUGUGACGAGCGAGAAGUCUGUUCAGAUAGACGCAAUAUUAGAGUUAAGAGGAUUUAGUACCAUGAAAUACUUUGAUUCUAGACCAACGAUCUUUUCUGCAAUAUUUGAUUGGAAAAUAUUAAGAUGAAAAUAUGUUGUUGUGCGGUGACGACAGCACGUCAGCGUCACGUGGAAAGGUGCGAAGUCAUUUUUCUGAUUUCCGCCAUUCCGCCGGGAGAAAUAGUGUUUAUUAGUCGUCUAAUGUAUUUGUUUCUUUAAUAAUAAUGCAGCACAGUAAAUCAGACCCAACACCAGGGUUGUUCGCGUUUAACAGAAAUUUGUGCAAUACUCAGAAAAGGGCUUUUAAAACCACCUGAAAAGAACAAAGGCAAACUGAAGGAAUGAUCUGAACGUAGGUUUGGUGAACGAGUGAAACUCCACUGACCCACCAGCACUUUUCCUUCCACCUGAACAGGACGAGACGGACGAUAAACCGGGCGGGAAAAAAGGAAUCAAAUUCAGUUAUAAAGAGGAAAAUUAACAAGCUGCAAUUUUGACUGGAAUCACCACGUUGUGUCCUUUUUUUCCCCCUGUGUGUGUGUGUAUGUGUGUGUACUGUAUUGUAUAAAAGAAAAGACAGAAACAUGCUAUCUUUCCCUCUCUCACUCUCUCUCUCGCUCUCUCUCUCUCUCUCUCGUACUACUGUUUGCUGUUCUGUUUAGUUAGUGUGAUGUGCCAGUAUACCCUCUUGACCUAUGACCCCUGUGCCCGCACCCCCCCUUCUCCAUGGAUCUUUAAGACGACGACUCUAUGCAGAUGCUGUCUUUUAUAAGUGUGUCAAAAAAUUUCAGUUUGAAAAAAAAAAGAAAAAAGGAAACCCCGUCCAACAGACAUUAUGAAAUGAAACAAAAUGAAUAAAGAAAAGCAUUGUUCAGUGUA